CCCAGAAAACGGAAUACUCAGGGUUUUUGGUUUCAGAACGCGAGGUCUGUCAAACCCGCGACCGCGGGGUAAUUCAAGCCCAUUUCAGAAAUCGAGGUAUCUUAUACUCCGAGUGAGUAACCAGAGUAACCCACUCCAUGAACCUAACCUGGUCGGGAGCAGGUUUUAUUCCGCAAACCCAGGGUUUGUUACAAUCUCCACCCCCAUUUCGAAGUGCGAGCGGUGUUGAAAUUGCAUACGCCAUUUGUUUGUUCAUUCACGUUCCUAAUCGCGCUCAAUAAAGUUACACAGACCUUAAAAUGGCAUGUCCGUUUAUUCAUGAACCCGUAGAUGAGGAAUCUGCAUUAAUUCGCAGAGAGUUACAUUUACGUCGAGAGAGAAUUGUGAGGCCCCGUUUGGAUGUUUUAUCAUAUCCGGAGGAUUUUUUAUUUGAGCGAUACCGAUUUUCUUUACAGUCCAUAACAUAUAUACACACUCUGCUUCAUCCUUACAUCACAAACCUCACUCGUCGUGGCCGUGCUCUUACAUCUGAGCAGAUUUUGUGUAUGGCAUUACGUUUCUUUGCUAAUGGUAGCUUUCUUUAUAACACCGGGGAUGCAGAACACGUUAGCAAGGCAACUGUAUGCAGAGCGGUAAGAAAAGUGUGCCUCGCUCUCAAGCACUUUUUGCACAUUUUUGUUAAGUUUCCUGGCCACAAACCUGUGGCAGCCAUCAAAGAGGAGUUUCACAUGAUUGCAGGAUUUCCCAAUGUGAUUGGGUGCCUAGAUGGCACUCAUAUACCCAUCAUCGCUCCUUCACAAAAUGAGGCAGAUUAUGUCAAUCGGAAGUCCAUCCACAGCAUUAAUGUGCAGAUCAUAUGUGAUGCUGCACACAUAAUUACAAAUGUGGAGGCUAAGUGGCCAGUCUCAGUUCAUGAUUCACGGAUAUAUCGUGAGUCAUCUCUGAGCAACAGAAUGGGCCAAGGAGAGAUGGAUGGCCUUCUGCUGGGUGAUAGGGGUUACCCAUGCCAACCUACACUCAUAACCCCUUACCCAGAACCUGAGCCAGGCCCCCAGCAGUACUUCAAUAUGGCACACAACAGGACACGAGCCCGGGUGGAGAUGACCAUAGGCCUGUUGAAAUCACGUUUCCAGUGCCUGCGCCACCUCAGGGUGACCCCUGAAAGGGCUUGUGACAUUAUUGUGGCAUGUGUUGUUCUUCAUAAUAUUGCCAUUAUUAGAGGGGAGCAACACCCUGCCCUACAAACUCAAGAUCCUGAAGCAGACCUCAUACACACUGGGGAUUUCCAGGAUGGAAGGGUGGUCAGAGACCUCAUAUGCCGUAAUGUCUUUGCAAAAUAA